AUGCCUAUAGGGAAAUUGGAGCCGUUUGAUGUUAACUCCAAACAAUGGCCGGCAUACGUUCGCCGUGUAAGACAAUACAUAUUGUUGAAUGAAAUCAGGCAAGAAUUACAAGUGCCGUUACUCAUCACCAUAGUUGGAGAUACUACGUAUUCUCUAAUGUGCGAUUUGUGUUCGCCGGAGCAUCCGGAAUCAAAAUCGUUCGAGGAGCUCGUUCGCCUAGUAACACAGCAUCUAGAACCACAGCGUUCUGAGAUAGCCGAGCGCCAUGUUUUUCGCUUGCGUCGACAGGUCGUCGGCGAGCCGCUCACCGAAUACCUGCAUAAUUUAAAACAUUUGGCGACGACGUGCAAUUUCGGCAGCAACCUGGAAGAGAACUUACGUGACCAGUUCGUGUCUGGAUUGGCGAGUGAGGCGAUGCGAUCGCGAAUUUUUGCCGAAAAAGACAUAAAUUAUAAACAGGCCGUGGAGCUGGCUCUGGCUUUGGAGGCGGCGGAGCGACACGCAGAGGUGAGCGCAGCCCCGAGCGCAGCAGGCGUGGGCGGCGGCGGCGGGUCGGCGGCGGGCGAAGGCCUGCACCAGGCGAGCGUACGGCGCUCGCAGCUUCGCGGGGCCGCGCGCCCGCCCGCACAGCACGGCGGCGGCGGGAGCGGCGCGGGCGGCGGUGCUGGCGGCACCGGCCGCUGCUGGCGGUGUGGGAGGCCGCACCGGGCGGAUAAGUGCCGGUUUGCUAAUUAUAAUUGUGAUGAGUGUGGUGUACGUGGCCAUUUAAAAAAUAUGUGUAAAUCAGUGAGUGGCAAAGGGCGGGCGAACGCCCGACAUAAUUACGUGAGUGACGAUGAGCGAGACGAGGAAUUUUUCAACAUCCAAGUGGACGGUACAGGUGACCAACCUUAUUUAGUUAUGGUUAAAGUGGAUGGACGUCCAAUCGAGUUCGAAGUCGAUACCGGCAGCCGAAUUUCGACCAUAAGCGAAGAUUUUUUUAGGCGUAAUUUUUAUAAUAAAACUGUAUUAGCUAAUAAUAUAAACAUACGCAGUUAUGUCGGUUCGACGAUAAACUCGCUUGGAUUUAUUAAUGUAUAUGUAACCCUCGGUAAGGUCUCAGUGUAUAAUUGUAAACUUUAUGUAAUUAAGAACGGGGGACGUCCUUUGUUAGGCAGAGAGUGGGUACGCGCUCUUGGAGUUAAAAAUAUAGCCAUAGAUUUACAGGAAAUUAAUGAGGAUGUAGGGAGCGAUCCCUUUGUGAGUCAAUUAAUGUGUGAAUUUCCGGAGGUGUUUACGGAGAAGUUAGGAACUUGUAAAAAAACAAUAACGUUAUAUGUAAAGGAUGAGAAGCCCGUAUACGUGCGCGCGCGGCCUGUGCCGUUAGCACUGCGCGCUCGCGUUGAGAGCGAGCUGGCGCGGUUAGAGCGAGAGGGAAUUAUUUACCGCGUUGAGUCAUCCGAUUAUGGGACGCCGAUAGUACCCGUGGUUAAAGAAUGCGGCGAUAUAAGAAUUUGCGGUGAUUAUAAAAUUACUAUAAAUCCGAUCCUUAAGCGUGAUCCAUAUCCACUUCCUCGGAUCGAGGAGUUGUUCGCUUCACUGAGUGGGGGAGAAGAGUAUUCAAAAAUUGAUUUAAAACAUAGUUAUCAACAAUGCUUGUUAUCGGAUGAUUCACAGCGUUAUACGGCUAUAACUACGCACGUCGGUACAUUUGUAUAUCGUCGCACUCCAUUCGGUUUGUCGUGUAUCCCGGAGAAGUUUCAAAAGAUCAUGGAGGAAACCCUUCGGGGUGUUCCAAAUACUGUUGUAUUUUUGGACGACGUCUGUGUUACCGGAUUACGUCCCGAUCCAAAUAAACUAGCCGCUAUUACUGAGGCCCCGAGGCCCCAGAAUAUUACACAAUUAAAAAGUUUUUUAGGAAUGUUAAAUUAUUAUGGGAAAUUCAUUACAAAUUUAAGCAUAAUGUUACAACCCUUGCAUGCACUUUUAAAAAAAGACAUCGAUUGGACAUGGGAUUCGAGAUGUGAGGAGGCUUUUAUUGCAGCUAAAAAUGCUCUCACCUGUGAUAAAGUAUUAGCGCAUUAUGAAGACGGUCGGGAACUCAUUUUGUCAGUGGACAGCAGUGCGUACGGGGUGGGCGCGGUCCUGGCGCAUCGCUACUCGGGCGGGAGUGAGCGCCCUAUCAGCUGUGUUUCACGGUCGCUCAAUUCGGCGGAGCGGAAUUAUAGUCAGUUAGACAAGGAGGCGCUCGCGAUUUAUUUUGGGGUAACUAAACACCAUCAAUAUUUGUAUGGGAGAUCGUUCAUAUUGCGUACCGAUCAUCAACCCUUAUCACAUAUUUUCGGUAAAAAGGGGGGAACACCACAAACAGCUGCAAGCCGUUUACAAAGGUGGGCCGUGCGUUUAUCAGCCUAUGACUUCAAGGUAGAAUUCGUGAGAUCUUGUGAGAACGGUCCCGCGGAUGCGUUGUCUCGUCUGCCCCUUCCGUGUGAGCGGAGCCCCACGGAAGCGUUAAGUUAUGUAGAUUUAGUUAAAGAUUCAUUGCCUGUAAGUUUUAAAGAUAUUGCGGCGGAGACAUAUAAAGAUAAAUUAUUAUGUAAAAUCAAAGGAUAUGUUUUGUUUGGAUGGCCGGCUCGCGCCAGCUGUGAGGAGGAGCAGGCUUAUUUCGCACGUAAGGACGAAAUCAUACACGAAUUGGGGUGUCUGAUCUUUAAAUACAGGCUUGUUGUUCCACCUCCGCUACGCGCGAGGGUCCUGGAGGAAAUUCACCAAGGGCAUUUAGGAGUGAACAAAAUGAAAAGUCUGGCUCGUAAUUACGUUUAUUGGCCUGCUUUGGAUGCAGAUAUAGAGAAUUUGUGUCGAUCUUGUGAGGCAUGUCGAGUGGUUCGGGACGCUCCGCCCCACGCCACUUUACAUCCUUGGGAGUUUCCCCUAGGGCCCUGGCAAAGGGUUCAUGCGGAUUUUGCUGAAUGUGGGGGUGUAAAAUAUUUUAUAUUAGUUGACGCUUUCUCGAAAUGGAUUGAGGUAAGUGCAAUGAAACGAACAGACACUGAAUCCACGGUGUCAGUGUUGAGGUCUAUGUUUGCUAGAUUCGGAUUACCGUCACAGCUAGUUACUGAUAAUGGCCCCCCAAGCAGCAUCACAAGCUGUAUAACAGCGCUAUUAAAGUUCGUUUAUACUCAUAAUGCUGUAUUUCUUGGCUGCAUGAAGGCUGUAUAA